GUAUGUUUGCCAUGUGUUCGAGUUUGAUCAUUUUUUGACAUUUUGACUUGUUCGAUCGUUUUCAUCUGGCCCGGUAUUGGACGAGCAAUUGAAGCUUUUGGGCCAUGCAGGCUGUUUGGCUAGCAUGGCAACUUGCGCAGGUUUGGUCCUUGCCUCAACCUUUGCGCCACUUUGCCGUGGAAGGCGGUGUUGAAGGUCUUCAUCCCCCAAAUAUCAGGCACUUCCGUCAUCGUGAAGAUCAUAGCUUCGAGGAUGGUAGCGAAUUCUCCCUCCAUUGGGACGUGGAUACCGAUCCUGACUCUUUGCUGGAGCUUGACCUCGAGCACCCGCGGGUGAAGAUCCUACAAUGCAGCCGUAACAAUUUGGUGGUGCAGGUUCCAAAAGAUGUCCUUGCCCGUAUCAAACAAGUUGAACAUGUGACAGCCUCCCAUGCCCUGCAUGGCUGCCCGCAUUUGCAGCAUGAACACCUUUACCACAGAGUCUUGGGCAUCCAGAAGGUUGCCGAGACGAACUCAACAUCUGCAAUUGUUGAAUUUCAGACGAAGGAGCUUGAAACAGCUCAAGAAGUCUUUCGGUCUUGCAGGUUCUACAUUCAUAUUCUGCCUUCUGGCAUCAAGUCUGGGGCUCCAAGGCCGAGUUCCCUCAGAGGUGAGCGACGACUCCAGAAGGACUUCUUAGAUUUCCUGAAGGACGGCGUCAACAGCAUUGGAGAAGUCAGAGGCGGAGAUUUGAAUAUGAAGACUGGCUUCGAACCAGACGAAGCCAACGACCAGCAGGGCAACACCUUCUUCAACUUGAACAAUCCUCAGGAGAAGGACAACUUUGCAUGGAACUGGAACACUGAGGUGAACAGCAGCAAGAACCCUCAGUACAAAUACACGUUCCCUGGUGGAACAACAUGGGUCAGGCUUUUCAAGCCGUACUUCAACGCUUCCCUUGGAUUCACCAUGAAUCUCAGCAGCCACAUGCCUGAUAUCACACAAGCGCCUCAUGUUAUGGUUGACGUGAUUGUUCGAAGUUUUGCAGACAUGGAUUUGGACAUUGGAGCUGCAUCGGAUUUUGACAAGGAUAGAUCAUCCUCAAUCAUGCGCAACGUGCUGGACACGGUUCCGAUUCCCUUUUUCAGCAAACUGAAGGCUGACACAGAGAUGUUCAUGCGGCCGUUCACCUUCCACUUAGGUGGUACACCUAUCACAGUGACUCCUGGGAUGAGUGUGAACAUGAAGAUCUUCCACAUCGGGCAAAUGAAGGGGACGAUUCGUGUUGGCCUGAAGACGAUUGUCAACUGCACUGGCUCAAUGCAUUUUGACACAACCUUUGGAGAGCAGCACAACUUCUCUACGGAAAUGCUAAAUGUGUCUUUCACAUCUCCAACCUGGCUUUUAUUCACGCGGCGCUUUCAGCUGGGUGUUGAGUUGGCGCCAAAUUUCUGGCUAAAGGGCGGCAUGGGAAUUAUGAGAGACAUGGAAAUGGGCUUCGGCUUGAGGCCUUACUUCAAUGUGUCUGUGCAUGAAGAACAGUUUGGGUCUCUCACAAACGAGUUGGCUAUAUAUCCAUACCGGGUCAUGGGACUUCCCUACGGCAGGCGUUUUGCCGUCAAAAUCAGCGAAGGUACGCCAUGCAGUCCGAGAGGUGCAGAAAAGAUCGUUGAAGGCUUGCACUGCCAUUGCGUUUCCGCAGUGGUAGCGGAGCUACGUUCGACAUCCAGGGCGAUGGCGCAGAAUGCCGAAGAUGGUGACGAUGGCAACUGGCAAGAACCAAUGGCUGGAGCUACGUCUGUGACUAGCAACGCAGCUGGGGGCACUCAACAGGCCAGUACGAGUAUUGGCCCAGGGGAAGCUGGAAAUGGAAGUCAGUUCAGGGACAAAGACCCGCCGCCAGGUUACGACGGGUCGCAACCAGAGCUGACCUUCAGGCAGUACGAGAAGAGUGUAAGGCUGUGGCAGUUCGAGACGGAUGUGCCGUUGAGAAAGCAGGGGGCCAAGUUGCUACGUGCCCUUUCAGGUUCGGCUAGAUUGGCAGUAGAUGACAUGGAGUUCGAGGACAUCGCCACGGAGGAGGGUAUCAAGAACAUCCUCGGGCGACUCAGAGAGUACUACAUGCCACAUCUAGAAGUCUCUCUCCCAAGGGCAUUUGAAAGUGCCGUUUAUGGCCAGCAGCGACAGCCCAAGGAAACCUUUGCCGACUACGUCCAUCGCAUGGAGCGGAGCUUUGCCUUGCUCGCGAAGGAGGGUGUCGACCUCCCGAAAGGGGCAACUGGGUACAUUAUGUACCGACAGGCUGCUUUGACAGAAUCCCAAGACCAGAGGAUUCGGACCUGGUGUGGAGGUCGAUACGACCGUGAUGCAAUUGUCAAAGCCUUGAGAAGGAUGGACAAGGUGGUCAAGGAAAAGGGAUCCAGGUCUUCAAACUAUGUCAUGGACUCCGAGCAGGUCUCUGAGAAUGCCCAGGGUGGUUUCCCGGAGGAGAUCUACGUGGAAUCAGAUGAUGAGUUCAUCUACAUAGCCGAGGGGGACUUGGAUGGAAUCUACGAGGAGAAGGACAUGUUGGAGGCAUUGGCUUCAUACAAAGAAGUCCGGCAGGCUCUCAAGGAGCAGAAGACAAGUCGUGGAUUCUUUCCUGGCCGAGGUUUCGGCAUUGGGAAGGGCACUUCGAAGGGCAAAGGCAAGACCAGAAUCCACAAGGAGCAGUUGAAGUUGCGAACUCGUUGCUGGAAGUGUGGCCAAAUCGGCCAUAUCAGUGCCGAAUGCACCAACAAGGUGGUGAUCAAAGAGGGCACCAACCCGGCAUCAAGCGCCGGAUCCUCAGGAAAGUCCAGUUUCUUCGUUUCCAUGGCAGACGAAACUGCUGUGGAGAGUUGUCACUCCGGUGAAAACACCAGUGCUUUUUGGCUGCGAAAUUUUGUAGAUCGCAGGGCACAGACCCGCCGUGAGCUGGCUUGUGAGCAUGAAGGAGCAUACAAGAGCGCGGAGUUUGGAGGGUCUUCCACAUCAAGCACAAAUUUUCAUGGUAUUGUCACGCGUUCUUUUGAGGGAGUGGUAGACACAGCAGCGGAAGGCGGGCUAAUAGGUUCAAUGGCUUUGAGAAGGUUGGAAAGUGAGCUUCAUGAACUAGGUCUUUGUUGUCAGUGGACCCCGAAAACAUCUUCAGCCAAAGGAGUGGGGGGUCAGGCAAAUGUCAUUGGAGUCAUCCUCAUCCCCAUAGGCAUUGGAAAUAUCAAUGGAGUACUGGAGGCAACUGUGGUAGAAGGUGAUGUUCCUUUACUGUUACCUAUCCGUCUUCUCAAAGCAUUGGGAGCGGUCAUCAACAUUCCUGAGGGUCACAUCGUUUUUGAGAAGCAUGCAGUGAAAGUGCCUAUGACAGAAUUGAACAGUGGGCACAUGGUCAUCAGAAUCACCGAUUUUGCGAAUGGUAGGUUCGAGACACCUGUGGAAUUGCAAGCUGACUAUGACUUUCGGCAUGAUCAAUCGGAAGACCUCAACCAUGUAGUCAUGCUGGCUCAACAACGCCUAUCAGGUGGCACCAUGAGCCCACGCUCUAGCACUCAGUCGACCAAUUCCUUGCUUCGUCAUGGAAGCGAUCAUGGGGCCAUCAAAAACUGGCGGAUCAUGCUGGACAAGCUGUGCACCAUCAUGGUCAUGGUGGCGUUGCAAGACGCCAUUGGAGAUUGGUGCCCACAAUCCUUAGCGCCGGGGUUGUCGCACUCGCCAGAGACUUCUCCGGAGGACAUCUUUGCGGAGCUCAUCGUGGGGGCGAAGCCGCUGGCUCCCGUGAAGACCAAGGAAGCUCCACCAGUGUCUUCCAGUGCCUGCGUCCAUCCCAAAGCCAAGUUGAGGGGUGGUGGCAACGGGAAGGCUUCAUGGAUAUGGUGCCGGGAUUGCAACUCCCGGUGGGAAAGUCCGUACCGCGCGCUGGAGUUGCGCAAGGAUCUCAAGGCGGAGAACCUCGACAAGAAACGGGGCUCCUUGGGUCAAAGUGCGGCCUCAGUGGCCAUUCCCGAGGAGAUGGAAGUGGAGAUGGCUACGGGCGAGGUUCCGAAUGGGUACGGCCCAGUCCAGCAGAAUGUGGAAUACCAGAUUUGGGAAGCUCAAGAAAGUAUGAGAGCACAGAUGGAAGAGCAGAUGAUGAAUCUCAUGGCCGAGAUGAGGCAGCAACAGACAGCCACCGCUCAACAGGAAGAGCGUCAAAGGCAUCAACUUCAGACCCACUUGAACGAGAUGCGAGAGAAGACGUUGAGGCAAGAGGCCAUGAUCACGGCCCUGCAGAACCAGAACGCCGAGAGCGCCCUGAGGAGCUCCGGACCCAUGACACCGGAGGAAUGCGAAACUGCAUCCCUUGCCGGGAGUUCCACAGUGAGGGCAGCAGUCCGGGCCGUCAAUCAAAUGCCCGCACCAAUGUGCAAGUGCGGGGCACCGGCAGAGAGGUUGGUAGUGAAGAAAGAGGGACCAAGACGGGGAAGGUCGUUUUGGAAAUGCACUCAACGCCUGUGCGAUUUCUUCCAGUGGGAUCAGGAGGAGGUCCAGAAGUUGAUGAUGGCGGCGUCCAAGGCAGCCCCAAGUGCUCCGGGCAGCCGCAGCCAGAUCGGGUCAUGGCAGCCGGUGACACCAGCGCCGGAUGUGGUGGACCUGACGUCCGAAAGUGAUAUUCGAGUGAAACUGGGGUUGAACAAUCGAACUUUGCUGCAGCAAUGCUUCGAUGAUGGCAAAGAGACACAGUUCAACCGUAGGACGGUUGCUGAAGUUUUCUCCCCGCCAAGAGUGGCAGAAGCGGCACAGCGGCAUGGGCUGCAGCAAGGCAAGAGUUACGAUUUGGUGACUGGAUGGGACCUGAGCGAUCCUAUCCAGGUGAAGGCCAUGUGGCGUCAACUAGCUGUAGACAAACCUCUCCUUAUCGUAUUAUCUCCUCCUUGCACUGCAUUUUCUCCUUUGCAAGAAUGGAAUUUUCCUCGAAUGAGCCUUCGAAACGCUGUUCGACUUAUUGUAGGCGGCAUAGAACAUUUGGAGUUGAGUGCUAGCAUUGCUCGAUGGCAACAUCAACAGGGGCGUUUCUUUGUAUUUGAGCAUCCUGAUUUGGCAAAGUCAUGGAAGGAAGAUUGCAUUGAACAACUUGCGAUGUUGGAUGGUAUCUACCGUAUAACAUGUGACAUGUGCCAGUACAACUUGCGAGCUGAUGGUCAGGAGCUCAACAAGAAGCCCACUGGCUUGCUGCUGAACAGCGAGGAGAUGGCGAAGCACUUGCAGAGGCGCUGUAGAGGGGGUCAUUCUCACAAAGCUCUUUUACAUGGUUUGGCUAAGAAGGCACAGAAGUAUACUCCAGAGUUCUGUAGGGCUAUUAUACAAGGGCUCAAAAGGCAAAUUAUGAGGGAUGGGGGAGUCCAUCGACCAGAAGAGAUUUGGGCCGUAGACGAAAGCUGGAACUUGGAGGAAGUAGAAACUUUUGAAGAUCCUCCCAGUGAUGAGGAGGAAGUGUGUCAGGUUGAAGGAGGUGAACAGGAAGGCAGCAGUCAAAUCACUGAGGAAGAGCAGAGAAUGGUUGCCAAGCUUCACAGAAACGUGGGGCAUCCUCAGAGAGCUGAGUUCAUCCGCUUCAUGAGGGCAGCCAGGGUGAGACCAGAGGUAGUGCGUUGGGCAUCCAAAGAGUUCAAAUGCGAUGUUUGCGAGUCCAAGUCAAACCCCAAACCUGCGAGACCAGCGGCAAUCCCUCGCAGCUACCAACCCAACAAAGUGAUUGGGGUUGACAUCACCUUCAUCCCUCAGGUGGGAGGAGGAGGAGUAAUCCCAAUCUUGAAUAUCCUGGAUUGGGGCACCAAUUAUCAAAUGAUGGAGAAGUUGGAGAGCAAACAUCCACAAGAAGUUUGGGAAGUUUUGAGGAAUGUGUGGUUCCGCAUUUUUGGAGCUCCUGAGGUGAUCGUUACAGACCAGGGCAAGGAGUUCAGCCAAGCUUUUCAAGUGGAAGCCGCCAAGGUGGGCAUUUUGGUCCAUCAAACCGCGGCCAGGGCUCCAUGGCAGCAAGGCAGAACGGAACGUCAUGGGGCACACUUCAAAGACAUUUUGGAAAAGGCCCGAUCAGAAGAAGUCAUCACCUCAGAACAGGAGUUGGUGAGCUUGAUGCGAGAAGUGGAGCAGGCAAAGAACCGGUACAGUAACCGGUCUGGUUUUGCCCCGGUGCAAAGGCAGAUAGGCCAAUGGCCUAGGGUGCCGAAUAGCCUGCUGGCAGACGACCACCUCGACGUCACACUUGUCGAUGGUAUGAUGGUGGAUGACUUGGAAAGGCUGCAUCAGAUGCGAAGAGUGGCUCAGAAGGCAUUCGUGGAGGUCAAUGCCAGAACUUCCAUGAGAAAAGCGCUACAUGGGAGAUCCAGAACCUGGCAGAACUAUGAAGCUGGGGACUUGGUGUAUGUAUACCGAGUUCCUCGAGCUCGCAAAACAAAGUCAGGAGCCAAGGAAAUGUAUGAGCUCGCCACCAACAAGGCGACAUGGGUCGGGCCAGGCACUGUCAUCGUGCCAGAUGGUGCGAACCUUUGGAUCGCCAUGAUGGGAGAACUUUGGAAAGUGGCUAGAGAGCAAUGCCGGAAGGCGACUUCGGAUGAGAAGCAGGGAGUGGAGAUGGUGAUGCAGGAAUGUCACGACCUUAUCCAGGAGUUCAAGAAAAGCUCCAAGAGAAGUGGAUACAAAGAUAUCACCGAAGAGGCCUUUCCGCCUAUGGAAGUGGAGGAGUUGGAUGGUGAAGAGUAUACCCCGGGAACUCCAAUUCAGACACCACGAGAAGAAGGUGACGAGUCGGACAUCGACGAACCCGAGGGUGAGUUGAGCCGACCAUCCACAGAACAAGGAGGUGGAACUACUUCACAGUCUUCCUCUUCAUGGUCUUCUAAGCCAUCUACACCCUCUGGAGGUGGAAUUGGAGGCGGAGUAGGAAGAGAUCUACCACACACUGACAAUGAAGAGCAUGGAGAAGCCGUGGCAGGCGCUCCUCAGCAGAAUAUAGCGCAGCCACCGAGCGCAGUAGUCGCUCCAGCAAUUCCAGUCGCUCAUCAAUUGACUGGCCCCAAUUUCGAGAGAGCAGUGGAUGCCUCCCGAAUGCAAGCCAAUCGAUUGGACGGGCACGCUCAUGCGCCGAGCGCUCGACCACUCCGAUGGGUGAGAGAUCGCAGUGAGCAAGCACCCUAUCUGGUGUUUGAACCAGAGCAUUACCUGAUCACAGAAGCAGAGGACCCAGAAGAGUGGGAAGAAGAACAGCAGCGAAGAAGGUUCUCUAUGCUGCUAGGUGAGGAAAGCAAUCACAAGACGAGCGACUGCUGGAAGUACCAGGCAGAUCAAAGAAGGCUGACAAGAUGUCAUAGAACCAGAAGAAAAGGGCUUUAUCAUCCAGUCGGAGCAAAGGAUCUUCCAGUUCCGUUAUGGGCCUUGAAGUCAGAUCGUCAAACUGAAAAGAAAAGGUCAACGGAGUCAUUUGCUGUGACGAAAGAUGAUUGGAGGAGGAAUCCAGAAAAAGAUGCGAAGGCCAGGAAUGGGUGGUGGACUGGAGAAACUCAUUUUAUUUUAGAAGAAAGUUUUGAUUUGCAGGUUUGGCUAGCAGCCAAGAAGGGUCAGGAUGAGGUAGAUUUGAACAAAGAACCGGAAGAAGAGCUUGAGGGUUGGAGACAAGCAGACGCGGCAGAAUGGUCAAAGAUAGCCGCCAGUGGAGCUGUGAGAGUUUUGAGUUUGGCCGAAAGCAGAGAUGUGAGGAAACAACUCCAGGAACAAAACAAGUUGGAUCGAAUCUUGCCCACCAAGGUAGUUCGCCGGCGAAAACCAGCCGAACAACCUGGAGAUCCUGCUUCGAAGAAGUCGAGGCUGUGCAUACGUGGGGAUCUGGAUCCAGACAUCUUGGACCUGGAGCGUUUUUCACCAACCAUCACCACUGUGAAUUUCAACGUAUUGAUGAAAAGUCUCAUUGCGGACUUGGAGAAGCUUGGGUACCACCAGUCCAAGCUCGACCCAUGCAUUUGGAAGAUUCAUGAUCCAGUUGGAAGAGCGCGAGCUGUCUGCGGCAGCUUGAACUGGCUGGCGAAAGAGGGCAGACCUGACGAAUUCUUGAAGGAAAGUUUGGCCAUCGUGGAUGCAAAGAGCUUAUAUGACUAUCUUGCCAAGGAAACGGUAGGUGGCCAAGACCGUCGAACUGCAAUCGAGAUUCAGAUCAUUCGAGAUGAUUUACAUCACUUAGAUGGUCAAGUGAGAUGGGUGGAUCAUCCAGCGAUGAUUGCGGAUGGGCUCACGAAAGUUCGCGGCAACAACGAGCCUUUGUAUCGUCUUCUGAGAGACGGCAGUUUCAAGAUCCAGGCUGAGGAAUCGCAGAUGGCACUGAGAGAGAGCGCACGACAGAACGGACAGCGUUCUGAUCAAAUUCGUAGGCGAAGGUACGCCAUGCAGUCCGAGAGGUGCUGGGGGCAGGUACAAGGAAACGUGCGCUCCUUAUGGCAGCUUGUUGUUGGCCGAAAUCACCCUUGCAUUUGCAUGCCUGUGAGGGCCAUUCAGAUGAGCACUGGAGUCGUGGAGUUCCAAAACAAGGUUGAGAUCUUCGAAUUUACGCCGAUGACAGAGCAGCAGUUGUUGUCCGAGCAAAUUCAGGUUGACAUUUUGGAGGAUGGACAGGAGCCAGCCAAAGCCACUGGCACCGUA